UGGCGUGGCCCUGCCCCUUUCUCUCCCUCCCAAAUUCUGCCCAGCCAGACGGAUUAUCCUGCAGCCAAAUCCUAUUACUGCGCGUCAUCACCUGCUCCCUUUAAGUGGCUUGUUGCUUCCAAACCUCCGGGCAAGGCAAUUAGGAGGAAAGGCGAGGAAGAGGAAGGAGUUAUCUGCAUGCCCUUUAAAGGGAAAGGCGCCCGUGGAGGAGAAGCCCAGACAGAGGAAUUAAUCCACAACAAGAAGAUGGUGGAAUGUGGCAAGAAAAGAAGAUAAUAUUUCAACUAACCAAAUCUAACUAAAUUUGUGAACUUCCCUAGCUGGAAUACCGCUAUCUGAUUACCCAGUAUCGAAUACACCUAUUCUAUAUCUCUUCUAAUUCCUCUUGUGCUGAAUGGUGAACAGUAAAGGAGGCUGUUAAAAUAUAGAAAUCUUAAGGUUUUUUACUACCCGAGACCUUAAGUAGUACAGGAUGAUUACUAAGCCAUAUUUGAAUUAAAACCAGAUAGUGAGUGUCUAGAUACAGAUACAGGAAUAAUCUAGAUUCACAUUUAAUACUGAUAGUGGAAAUGUAGAACUUGAAGGGGGAGUAGAUGCUAUCUUACCUUCUACGUGUUUCAUUAAUGUAAUCUUUGUCAGGUCACAUGAAAUUAGGGUUUUUUUAUAGGAGAUCUGAGUACUUGAAUAUUUAUGCUCUAGUUUUAGAAAUAACCAGGAGAAGCCAAAAAUCCAGAAACUGAUAUGUGUGUUUAAUUGGGAUAAGACUAAGAUUUGAGAGCACCAGAUUAACAAAUCAAAGUGAAUUUAGUUUGGAGUGAUCCAGGUAUUUAUAUAUAAAAAUAAUGCUAUACAUUAGGAUAUAAAGAGGGGAUCAAAAGCCUGUUAUUAGUCAGUGAGACUGAGAAUCUUGAGAAUUCCCACAGAUCCAGAAAAUGAAAUCCAGAAAUGUUUCAUUUGACUAGCCAAGUUACAGAUGAAUAUGCUUUGUGCUUGAAGAGUUUGUGGAUCUUGUAGUAGUUUAUAAUUGUCCAGAACUAGAUCAGAACAUUUGAAACUGGUGUAAAGCUAAGAAUACAAGAUCCCCCUUUCUGGAGUUUGAGGGAAAUUCUGAAUAUAAGAUUCCCAUUUCUGAGAUUGGAGAUAAACUGAAAAUACAAGAUUCCCAUUUCUGAGAUUGGACAUAAACUGAGAAUACAGGAUUCCCUUUUCUGAGACUGGAUAUAAACAGAGAAUAUAAGAUUCUGCUUUCUGGCAUUGGAGAGAAACUGAGAAUACAAGACUCACCUUUCUGAGACUGGACAUAAACUGAGAAUAUAAGUUUCUGCUUUCCAACAGUGGAGAGAAACUGAGAAUGUAAGACUUGCCUUCCUGAGAUUGGAGAAAAUUGAGAAUCCAGGAUUCCGAUUUCUGAAACGGGACGUAAACUGAGAAUAUCAGAUUCUCCUUGGCUCUGUAUUCAUGGAUAGCCCCAACAAUUUCUGCCGCCUGUGUGGCGCAGUGCUGCGUGGCAAUCAUCGGCGAUGGUUAUUCAGCCGCAAUAGUGGCAACUCACGCCCUGACCUUCUGGUGGUGCUGUCCUUCGUCCUUGACCGAGAGCCACCCCAGCGUGGAGACGGCCGCGGAGAGUUCCUCUGUGGGAAGUGUGCCCAGGCCUUGGGCCGUGUGUAUCGCUUUGACACCGUCAUUGCCCGGGUCCAAGCGCUCUCCAUUGACCGGCUCCAGCGCCUCCUUUCAGAGAAGGACCAGCUGGCCCGCUCCUUGCGCUACAUUCAUGCACGAAGGUUUCCAAAUGACAAGGACGUGCUGUCUUACACGGGCCAAGAGAUCUCAGCCAGCAUUGCAGAUUUGCCACACGUCCGGUACCAGCGUCUCUUGCAGGAUGACAUGGCACUCUCCGAAUAUGAGUGUUGGGCAAACGAUACAGACAGCAGCCAGCCAGGCUCACCCUGCCGCAACCGCCAGUGCCGCAGCUGCCACGGGCUGCGGGUUGAGGACUCUGAUUAUGAGUGGGUGUGCCGGACCCCACGAAGGCUGGGCGUGUCAUCUCCCAUCUUUCCCCUGUGCCGGGAUAAAUCCCAGAGCAUGCCCACGGUGCACCACGCAAGCUCCCGGGCCUCUCUGAGGUCUCAGAGUCUGGGAGAGGCUGAGUCAUGUUCAAUGCUGUCUUUGGAUACCUUGCCGGAGCUGGAUCUGUCCUGGGAGGCUCUGAGAGCCUUGAGGGGCAUUGGACGGAAACGGAUGAGAGUGCCUAAAGGCAGCAAGAUCCCAGUGCUGGCCAGGAAUAGCUAUGUCUUCUCAAUUCAGCGGGAGAGUCCCUUGGGAGAGGAGGCAUGUGAAGACAUGGUGGAUGAGUUCAUGCCACUGGAGGCAAAACACCAAGCUCAGCGGACGCUACACCAGGAUCUCCAAGGAGCUUUUGACAACCUGAAGGAACGUCUCAAGGCAGCUGAGGAGGAGCUCAGGAGCUUCCAGGAGAAGGGAGGAGAAGUGGCAAGCCAGGAGACUGACGUUCCACUUGAGAAAACUGCGGGUAGCCAAGAGCGUUUGAUUCAUCAAAUGACAAGAUGCCUACAGAGCAAGGAAAAGCUGUUACAGGAUUGUCUGGUGAUCUUGCAGUCUCUUGGGUCUCCAGGGACCAAGCCUUCUGUGUUGGAAGCCUUGAUCAAGCAAAUGGCUCAGCGCUUGAAGGACAGAGACCAAGCGUUAGAGAAGACAUUAUCUGACAAUUUCUUGGCCCUGGAGUCAGUCCAUCGUGAAGUGAAGCACCUCCAAGAGGCCCUGAAGGAUAAAGAUGCCGACCUGGCAAGACUUCACGCUGCCCUGCGCACAGGCGAGGAGACGCUGCAUGCGUUGCGUGAGGUGCUGCACCAAAAGGAUCGGGAGAUCCAGCGGCUGGAAUCGCUGGGCUCUUCCACCCAGGACUCCUGGCAACAGCACGACCAGACCUGGCUCCUGGCUUUGAAGGAGAAGGAGGCCUUGGUCAAAGCCCUCCAGGAGGCCCUGAGCAGCAGCAACAAGGACGUGGAAGCUCUGGCAAAUUCCUUCAACAGCCCAGAAUUUGCCCCAGGACUGCUGCAGCGAAUCCACGAGAAGGAAAACCUCCUGACCCAGUUCUUAGCUGAGCAGGAGCAGAUCCAAGCCCAAUGGCAACAGCGCCUGCAGGAAACAGAAAAGGCAGCAGCUGCUCGAGAGCAAGAACUUCAGGCCCAACUGCGCCAAUUUGGCCAGGAUGCCCAAGAACGGGCCCAAGAAACUGAACAGCUACGUCGGCGUUUGGCAGAAGCAGAAGAGAAACUGGUCCAAGAGGCUACAGGACUGGAGGAGCAGCGCAGCCAACUGGCUUUACUCCGUCAGAUGGGAGAUGUGAAGGAUCAUGCCCUUGGGACACUUCUGCGGGAGGGAGAGGAGAAGGACCGGAUCCUAUGCAGAUGGCAAGAGCACUGGGUCAGAGGGCUGAAGCAGGUCCCAGGGAGACAAGGCCUGUCUAUUCUGCCUUCCACCUAAAUCCACUUAUAUCUUCAGACCUUAAGAUUUCCAGGAAUUCAAGAAUAGAUAGACACUGAUUAGCCAAAGCACUGUACAUACAGGAAGAAAGGAAGACACUGCCAUUGAUUUCAGAAGGGGAAUGUUGUGGAGUCGACUUCUCUCUUCAAUUUAUGGGAAAGUGAAUGUUGCCGAUGCUGGAGAUCAACUCUCUCAGGGUACAAGCUGUGUCUUGGAAACACACUGCCUACAUGGAAUAACAAGUUUAAAACUG